GGCUUCUGGCAUCUUCGCGUCAGCCGCUGCGAGUGCUUGAGAUUGGUUGUGGCAGCUCUGCGCUGCCCUCGCUCGUCACCUCCUGCCUACCAGGCACCGAAGUGGUGGCCACAGAUUUGCCCGAGGUUGUCGAGUUAGCUGUGCAGAACCGCAAGCACAACCAGCUGGUGCUGAGUGAAUCAGGUGCCUCCGACGUGCUUUUUCUCAGCCAUGACUACAGCCAGGCCGCAUAUGUGGAAGGAGCGCCCUUCGAUGUCCUGCUCUUGGCAGACCUCCUCUACGAUGGUGCCCUCCAGGAAGCCUUGCUCUCCAGUGUGGCAGCCUGCGUGCAGCCUGAUGGGGGCGUUGCCUUCGUCGCAUACAAGGAACGAGAUGCGGCCGUGGAGUCGGCUUUCUUCACGAGCUUGAGCCGCCCUGGAGCCUCAGCGGACGUCGCCGACGUGGAGUUGUGCGAAGGCGACACCGAGGAGAUGCUUUGA